UCAGGGUCUUAUAAUAACCUGUGUUUAAUUCAUGGCCAAGAAAGAAAACGUCGAGUUCGAGAUCUCAAGGGUCAUGUUGAGAAAGCAAAGCAGAGAUGGCAGUCUCAAUGCUUUCCCCCACAACGACGCGGAUUGCUACUCUUGCGUUGAGGGUCCUGACCGCCAUUCUACUCUUUGCCUCGCUCAUCAUCCUUCUCACUAACACUCAACAAUUUCAGGGCCCAACCCUUCAUUUUUAUGACAGAGUUGGAUACAGUUACGCGGCUGUCGGAAUUUUUUUGGGACUUGCAUACUCAAUUUACCAAACGGUAUGUGCAGUCAUUCGCAUCAAAAAAGGAAGUGAAGGGAAUGCCGUUUUCGAUUUCUAUGCUGAGAAGGUUGUGUCAAAUUUAUUAGUUACAGCAGCUGUUGCAGGAUUUGUGACAACCGGACAACUAGUGGAUGACGUUGCCCGACAACAUGGACCAAAUGCAAAGAGGUUAAUUGGUAGAAGAUUUAGUGACGAUUGUGUUCAGAAUGGCCACAACUUGAUAUCCGUUACCCACCAGGGUCAAGAAAAAUAGUUUGCCGCAGAAGAGAUCUCAUCCAUGAUUUUAGCAAAGAUGGGGGAGAAAAACAGUAUGAAUUAUCAACCAAAGUAAUGAGAGACUUCAGUAGUGCAGUCUUCAAAACCAAUGCAGUCAAACUUGCUCAGAUAAUUUCUGAAGCUGCAACCUGCGACCAAGCAAUAGAGAUUUAAGUAAGUUUGCAACGUUUCAAUAAUCGCGUCAGCGUCAAGUUAUUAAUUCUUUACUUCUGAAAAUAUAUUAAUCUUGGUGCUUCCAGAAAGGGUUUGUUUAUGUGAAAGCAUCCUUAGAUUCAAUCGUCAAGAUUUUCCUCGGUAUUGAACUCGACA